AUGUCAAGGACCCCCUUGACUUGCAUGCAUCAUGGGCCAAACAAUGAAGAAGUGGACUGUGUCAUGGACGAAGUGAAUUUGAAGGGAUAUAUUAAUACAUGUGGAUAUCCUCUUCAAGCGAACUUCACCUUUUCGGUGCCAGGAAUAUAUCCAAACCAGGAGUUUGGGUACAUUUUGGGCAAUCCAGAAGAGACAGUCCACAUUGAGGGAACAGACAAGGAAUUUCAAUGCAGUGGUGAUACUUCUCCUCAACAGGACACCUCCAAAAAGAAACAUACCAUAUUGCUGGGGUUUCUGCAGUAUACUGCCCUUCCCCAGUUGAAAGUAAAACUAAAAGCUGAUGAUAGCAAGUGCGUCUGGCUGGCAUGGCUGCUAGGAGUGGUGCACCGGAUGGUGCAAAACACAAAAGCUUCUUAUACAGUAUGA